UCUUUCUCGCCACUUUUGUAGGAAUUUUCUUCUCCAAGUUCCUGAGUGGCGGGAUACUACUUCCAAAAUCAAACCAAUUUAGAAAACUCAUAAUCUAAUCUCAGUUUCUUACUUCUCUACUGUGGUAAUGGCAUAAGAAAUCUGGACAUAGAUAUUUCUAGACAGAGAGGUGAAAUAUGGAAACGAGAAGAUGAGAAACCCCAGAAGUUCCCAGCAAAGUUUAUAACAACCCAGUGGUGGGUUAUGUCUUGAUUACAGCGUGCAAUCAGUCAGUAGAUAUGUAUGUCGAAAUCAGGUCGAUUCUCGGGUAUUUCUUUCCCUGCCAAUGAAAUCCUGCAUAUAUGCUUUAACAAAGCCUUCACAUGGAAUAUGCAAAAGGGUUUGUGUUUUUUCGUAUUACUUUGUGAAUAUUUAUUCCUCGCGUGCCGUUCAAACCUUGGAUUUUUCCCAACAAGAUGCUAGCUUUGAGUUUUAUUAUGCCGAAUUACGGCAUUCGCUGCAGGGGAAUGCUACCUCCGGUUGCAUUAGGAAAGCCCUAGAGACUUUGAAUUUCAUGAGAAAUGUGCCCGGGAAACCCACCGUCAACAAUUAUAAUGCAUUGAUUCGUUGUAAUUUGAAAUCAGAAUAUGUGAUGUUGGAAGACUUGGUUGAGGUUUAUGUUGGGAUGAAAAGGUUUGGGCUAUACCCAAAUGCAUCGACUUUCAAUACCCUUUUGAAUGGGAUGAUUUCGCACAGGAAAACUAGAGACGCUUUUUUUAUUGCACAGGAAAUGUGUGCCAGGGGAUUUGUUCAUUCAUUUACGAUGUUCUCGAAGUUGUUGAAGAAGACAUUGGAAUCUAGGUAUUUAGCAUAUGCACUUAGUGUAUUCAAGUCCAUGUUGAGAUUUAAUUAUUUUCCUUCUGAACCCACCUUUAAUUUGUUGAAUGUUUCUCUUAGCAAAGCUGGGAUUAUGCAUGAGGCUUAUUAUGUGUUUUCCGUUGCUCUUGAAAAGGGCUAUUUUCGAGGUGCACAUAGUUAUAAUCCGAUAUUAUGGGCCCUGUGUAAGUCUGGUCAAAGCUAUACUGCCUUGGAAUUGUUUUAUUCAUUCAAGAAAAAAGGAUGUGGACAUAAUGUGUGCUCGUAUACGGCUUUGGUUUAUGGAUUCAGUAGAGAGAGGCUAUGGAAAGAGGCUUUUCGUUGUUUAAGAGAAAUGCAAACUGUCAGCUAUAAGCCUAAUGUCAGAACAUACACUGCAGUAGUUAAGUUUCUUUGUGUUGAUGGGAGGAUUCAAGAGGCGUUAAGCCUUUUAGAUAAGAUGGAGAAGGAAGCAUGUGAUCCGGAUUUAAUCACAUACUCCUACAAUAUAGUUCUUCAUGAACUUAGUCACCAAAGUAGGGUUGCUGAAAUUUAUGAACUUGUUUCAGUUAUUGACCAAAAGGGACUUUAUCCCGAUCCAUUCACUCAUUCUGCUUUAGUUGGAGGCCUGUUAAGAGCAGGUAAAAUAGGAAUGUCCAUGAAGUUAUUGCUUGACAUUAUUUCAAAGAGAUGUACUAUGGAUACGGUGAUGUACAAUAGCUGCUUCAACAUCAUAUGCCAUGAGAAUAAAUCAAGCGAUUCAUUAUCUUUAAUGAUGAACAUGAUUGAGACUGGGUUCAAACCAAAUAAUGUAACUUAUAAAACCUCUCUGAAAGGCCUUUGCAAGGAAAACAUUGAAGAAGCUUUGGAGCUCUUUGACUGUGUCAAGUAGGAUACGAAUGGACCUGACCUAGUUUCGUUCAAUACAGUUUUGUCUGCAGCCUGCCACCAAGGAAAUUCUCCAGUUGUAGUCUGAGAUGAAAUGGAGUAUGAAGGUGUUAACCUUAAUGCAGUUAGUUCAACUGGUUUGAUUCAGUAUUUUGACACCAUUGGGAAGAUUCUGGAGUGCUUAAAGCUAUUGGAAGCUAGGAUGUUGAAUGGUCCUUUUCCCACUAUAGUAACUUUCAAUACACUAAUGAGCAUCCUUUGCAAGAAUUGGUUACUCGGAAUGGCACACCAGGUUUUCAACUGCUUGAAAAGCACUAGAUUAUUACCUGAUUUGAUUACUUACAAUAUUCUUAUUUGUGCUUCCAUAAGAGAAGGCAAUGACCAGCUUUUGAGUCUGUUGUUGAGAAAUAUGUACAUACAAGGAUUGAAGCCAGAUGCUGUUACUUUUGGGUCCUUGAUUACGGGUUGGGUAAGGAAGGAAAUAUAACAGUAGCCCGCAAGCUGUGGUAGCAAAUGACUGGGAAUGGGAUUACUCCAAAUAUUGCCAUUUACAAUACAAUAACAGAGGCAAUGUUCGAUAGAGGCAAGUUUCAGGACAUUAUUGUGUUAUUGAAGGAGAUGGCAAUGGAGGGGUGUAAACCUAAUGGAGUUUCUUUUGAGAUUUUAAACGGAGCAAUGUCAAAUAGUUGGAUGAAGGAGAUUCCAAGGAGCAAAACUUUUGGAAGGAUACACAUCAUGGACAGAUAAUAACAAGAUACUUCAUUAAGAGAAUUGGACCGUGCAAUGGUUUGUUCUAUUACCAACUAUCACACACCAACCUCUCCUUCAAAUCCAGCUUUGGCCUGAACAUGGUUCUUGGGGGACGAAAUUCCAGCCAAAGGUUUGUUGUCAUGCAUGUUGCAGUCUCCAUGGACAAAUGAGCCAUAUGCAUUACCAUUGAUCCCAUGAAAUGAUCACUCCAUCGCAACACCAUUUUGUUCAGGAUUCCCCUUAUGAGUCAUUUGAAAAGAAUGCCAUUCUAUCGAGUGUUACUAAAGAGGUCACUGGGUUAAUUCUAACAUAUUCCAGUUCCAAGCUUCCAGUACACUGCAUUGAAAAUAGAUAUGAGUAAAUCCUGCUACCAACAACUUUGCAUCUUGAAUUGGAUUUUUGCAAAUGGCUAAUAAGUAAUAAGUGUCGCACUUUUUUUUUAUGUUCGCUCUCUAGCGUGUUUGACCAAAUGAGCGGGGUACGCUGGAUUUCGAAUCAAAACCAGGUAGUUUCUAAUUGUCAAGCUCUUGCAAGCUGCUGGACCACAUUGGGAUACGAACUUGUUUCAGGAGGAAGCGAUAACCAUUUAGUACUUGUGGAUCUCAGACCACUAGGGAUAAAAGCGCGCUAGUGCCAGGUGGCAUCCGGAUUGCCUGCUAUGACUACCAGAGGUUUCACAGAACAAGAAUUUAUUGCAACCACAGGUUUUAUUCACGAAGGGGUGCUGAUAACUCUUGAUGUAAAGCGGUCUGUUUCAGGUUCAAAGCUCCAGGACGUCAGGAAAUUUGCGGGGUCCACAGAAUUUUCCGUUGAUGGAUCGAGUGGCAGAUUUGAGAAGAGUUGAGGCUCUGACAACCCAAUAUUCCCAUUGCCUGGAUUAUGGGAGAUGUUGCCGAAAACAGAUGGAAAAGAGAGGGAAAAACGGAAGGUAGUCAUGUCCUGUUUCAGAGUACUAAAUUAUCUUAAGCAGGUCAGAUGAAGCACAAUUUUGGAUUUUGGGGAGUAACGGGGAUCAUUUGCGCUAUACUCUUAGUUUGUCUAGCACACAUCGUGAAUUUGUCUAGCUUUGUGCUUCACUUUGUUGUUGAGAAAAUCGUUUAUACAUGAGAGUUGAGAGCUUGGCUUGUGGUUUUUUUUUUUUGCCACUUUUUUCCUUUUCCUUAAAGCCAGGGACCUGUUUUCUGUCACCGACAAGG